UUCAAUUUUAAGCGACGAAAUGACGACGCGUUAAUAACAGUAAUCGCGACGUAACUAAUUGUGACUGGUAAACAAGUACCACACUGCAUAAUACCACCACUCAACAAAUUUCAAUUUUAAAUUUAUCACCUUGCAUGAGUAGUAGGUUUUCGUCGUUUCCCAAGUUCAGUUCAAACAUAUCGGUCGUAAAAUCGACAUCUCGGAGUUCGAAAUUCAUAGUUUUAUGAUACUUUGAACCCCUGCCUCGUGCGGUACUGUAUUAUUAUCCUAUUCUAGAAUAAUCUUAAAUUUUACUGUGAUAUAUCGGUUUAAAAAUGGUCCAAGAAUACACAAAGGCUCAAGUGAGAGACCACAAUAAGAAGGAAAGCGUUUGGGUGCUUGUUCACAACGAUAUCUAUGAUGUUACGGCUUUUCUAAACGAGCAUCCAGGAGGGGAAGAGGUCCUGUUGGAACAAGCGGGCAAGGAUGCUUCCGAAGCUUUUGAAGAUGUGGGCCAUUCGAGCGAUGCUCGAGAAAUGAUGCUUAAAUAUAAAGUAGGAACUUUGGUAGCUUCGGAAAGGAAGCCUGAACAACCCAAGAAAAGCACCGUAGACUGGAAGGAGACCAGCGAGUCUUCGGAAAGCUCUCUGAAGUCCUGGAUUAUCCCAGUAGCUCUCGGACUUGCCGCUACGAUAAUCUACCGCCUGUAUUUCAUGUCAUAAACCACUUAAAUGUACGAAUGUUAAGAGCCGCUACAUUAUAUACUCGUCUAUAACAAUAUAAAAGAUGCAUUUACGGUACUAGGGACUAAAAAAAUAUAUAUUUACGAUGAUUAUAUAUACUGAUUAAGCUGUUGAAAAGUUUAAAUUUUAUAUAUUUUCAGAGAUUUCCAUUUUUCAGCGUGUUAAUAUUAAUUAAUUAGGUAGUUUGCGUCUUUGUUGUUUAGAUUUUUAUUUAUAACGUAAAAAAUUGUGUGUUUUUUUAGGGGAAUCUGUCUUGUUUCCUUCUCUAAAUGAACGGUCAAAUAAACUAUGUCUUAAGUAG